AUGGCAGUGGCAGCGGAUGAACGCAUGACAGAUGACACAUCCAGGAUGGUUGUCCAGCGGCUAAAGAGCCUGUACAUGGACCUGCUGAGGCCCAUUGAAGUGGACAGCUUCUUCCUGCAUUUCAACAGCGAGUCGACACUGACAGUGUCAGAGCUGGAGGCCCGACCACAAGUUUUGCUGAUCGGCCAGUACAGCACAGGGAAAACUUCGCUAAUAAAGUGGGUCACUGGCAUUGAAAGUCCGUUCUUCGACAUCCGGCCUCAGCCAAGCACCGACAAGUUCAUGGCAGUUGUGCAUGGAGAUGAGGAGAAGGUCAUCAAUGGAGAUGCAGCGACCUGCCUCCCCGAGCUGCCUUACAGCGGGCUGUCCAGAUUUGGGUCCUCCUUCCUGGGGAAGUUCCAGGUGCUCGUGGAAAGUGCACACAUCUUGAAGCAGAUCACCUUCAUCGACACCCCCGGCGUCCUUUCUGGCGACAAGCAGCGCAUCAGCCGCGGCUACGACUUUAUGAAAGUCUGCCGGUGGCUGGCUGCUCGAUCUGAUCUAAUUUUGUUGCUCUUCGACGCCCACAAGCUCGACAUCUCCGAUGAGUUCAAAGAGGUAAUUGAGUCCAUCAGGAGCGAUGGCGACAAGUGUCGGUGUGUCCUAAACAAGGCAGAUGAGAUCGAUGGCGAGAAUCUCGUCAAGGUCUAUGGCGCCUUGAUGUGGAAUCUUGGGAAGAUUCUUCAGACACCAGAGGUCGCACGAAUGUACGUGGGAUCAUUCUGGGACGAAGACUACAAGUGCAAAGAUUUGGAGCGGCUUCUGAACCAGGACCGAAAGGACUUGCUGCAGGAGCUGCGGGAUUUGCCUAGAAAUGUUUGUGUUCGGCGAGUUAAUGAGAUCGUGGCACGGGCGCGAGCUGUCAAAGUCCAUCUCGCUCUGUGCUGUGCCCUGCGUGCUCGUCUUCCUGCCUUUGGCUUCUGUGGCCGGCGAUGGCGCCAUCAAAUGUGGCUUUCAGAGCAUCUGCCCGAGGUGUAUGCCGAGGUCAUGAAGGACUACGAGUUCGCGCCUGGUGACAUGCCGCACGUGGAGUACUUCGGCCAGCGGCUGCGUGCCUUCAAAGACUUCAGGUCCUUUCAGAGGUCCUGCAAGGCGCAGCAAGAAACGCUUGACCGGUUGAUUGCCACGGAGAUCCCGCGAUUGAUGGCCAUGGUGGGUGGCGUCUCCGCUUCAGAGCUUGGGCAGAAGGCCAAUGGCAAGUCCAGCUCUUUCACAUGGAGCGGCUCCGUCGUACGUCCCUCUUCUGGUCUGGAUCCUAGUCCUGCACGAUGCUGCUUCGUCUGCUUACUGGUGCUCCUCUUAUCAGCCGCUGUGGCGCUUGCUACAAUAGUUGUACUUGGCCGUGCAGAGGUGGUGGCCGCAUUGGAGCAGUUUGUGGAUCUUGAUCUGGCAGUUUUGCGCAAUCGCACGCAACAGUUUUUUCGUGAUUUGACGGGAGAAGAGCUCUGA